AUGGACAAGUGCGAUUCCGACGAAGAAGAUGAAAAAGAGGGAUCUGUGGUCCAUCUAGGACGGCAAAUGGACAGGUCGCCUCGAGAGGAUGGUUUUCAUCAAUUUGAGAACCACUCCUCUGAAGAAGAGUACGUAGUACUGAGAGACAGUGAGUUAUCGGGCACUGUCGGUGACUGCACAGAACCACCACCACCAAGAAGCCUGACAGAAGUUAAAGAAGACCCACCACAACAAUCAGGUGGAGGAGACUCUUCACCUGAGUCUGGAAAUGAUUCUACAAUACUUGGACUUACUUCAUUAGGACAAAUAGGACGUUUGAGUGGAUGGGAGCAAAGAGAACACCAAUCUUACACAGCAGCAAAUCAGAGUCAUUUUAACUACAGUGACAUCAGAUCCAGUGGAGGGAUGGGUUUUAUCCUUCACAAUGGAAGACGAAUCUCACGAAAUGCAUGCACAUUAUCAGAAAGGUUUUCCAGGGGAGUGCAUAUGGAACUAGGCCAGAGGCAGAUAGAAAGCCUACCACCUGUGUCAACAUUUGCCAGGCCAUCCACAUUGGAACGACGACACGUACCUGAAGCAUCGAUGGAAGUCCCACCACCCAGAGGUCAGAGAAGAGCGAGAAGCCGGAGCCCAGAGCAGAGGAGGACCAGAGCAAGAACUGAAAACACGUCACCUCCAAACUCGAUGAGUGAAAAUGUUCAAAGAUUUGAGCAGCCUCUGAUAAAUGAGACUGAGAGAGUUUCUGUAAUUCCACCACAUGAUACAUCACGGCAGCAAUUAACUGGACCUGAGCUGCAAAGUAGGCAUCUUUUUCCAUGUCCUGGAUUUCCAUGUUCUAGAACAAGGAAUACUGUUCCAAGAGGACAUUUUCUAGAUGCACUCAGUAAUUGUGACAAUGUAGAAUUGAGACAGAGCUAUCCAACCAGAUUUGUAGAUUAUCAAGUCACAGGUUAUCGUGCAGAAUGUUUGUUAAUAGACAGGUUAGCUAGUGGGAUCCAAUUACUGUCUGAGAUAUCAAACAACAUCGUCACUUCAGAAAAUGAACAACAAGAGAGGCCUAGAAAUAUUUUUUCACAUUCUGAGGAGGUAGGUGGGAGACCUUUUAGUACCAUCAUAUUCCCUGCUGAUAGAACUUUAAAUACUGGUUUAUAUGAAGCAUCUGUUCAAACUCAGAAUACUUCAGGGCAGAUGGUGGCAGGAUUUCAAGAGUCCAGUAACCCUAUAGACAGUGAUCGUGAUUUAGAGACUGGUGUCUCACUCCUAAGUCAAAACAUGGAAGGGGCAGAAUCGCAAGAUAGAAGGAACAAUUCUGAUGACAGUCAUAGUUCCAGUUCUAAUUCAUAUCCUCGCUGUCAUUCUCGCUCAAGUUCCGUAUCAGUUUUCAGUUCACGUUCUAGCUAUGUUCUAAGUUCUGAUUCUAGCCCUAUAUCUGACAGCUCAAGCUCAAGCAGUGAAAACUCAGAUAUUAGCUCACUGAUGUUUGAAGCCAGUAAUGAAGGAAGCGUGUCACUAGGUUUAGCAUCAGAGACCAGUCAAGAAAGUGGACAUAGGUCCCCAGUAACAUCUGAUGAAAGUGACUCUUGGCCUGCCCCUGAUCUGGCUCAGUUUAUUCUCUUAAAUGAAGCGGCUCAUUCCCAAGCUGUAGGACUCACCGAACAACAGAUUGACAGCUUAGCAGUAAGAUAUUUUGAUCACACUGAUACAUUAAAAUCGUGUAGCAUUUGCAUCACAGAAUACACAGAAGGAAACAAGCUACGCAUACUACCUUGUUCUCAUGAAUACCAUGUCCAUUGCAUUGAUCGCUGGCUGUCUCAAAACAUUACCUGCCCUAUUUGUCGUAGGAAAGUAGUAGAUUCUGAUAGAGAAAGUUCUAGUUGAGAUCUGAACUCUCAGCUACAUAAACUGUUAGAGUGAUGGACAAAUAAAUUUUCUUGCCUUAGGUUCACUUUUGA